GCACGUUAGGGUAGUUCACCCCUCCCAACGGCCGUGCGUACGUGCGUCGUCUCUAUGGUGGCGGCGGAUUCGGAGAGACCGAACGCUUCUGGAGUCUCGGAGCUGCUGCCCCCAUAGGAAUCUCGGCUGUCUUCUGCUUUCCGCGCGCCUGGGAUCGAACGUCUCUCCCCAAGAAUGUUCCGCCGGGAGCGCUCCAUCCCGCUUCGAGGCUCGGCGGCCGCCCUGUGCAACAACCUCAGUGUGCUGCCGCUGCCCACCCGCAGCCUCACUCAUUUUGGAGUGGUCCAUGGACCCAGCGCCCAGCUGCUCAGCGCUGCUCCAGAGGGUGCGCCCUUGGCCCAGCGCCAGCUCCACGCUAAGGAGGGCGCUGGAGUGAGCCCCCCACUUAUCACCCAGAUCCACUGGUGUGUGCUCCCUUUCCGAGUAUUGCUGGUACUCACCUCUCAUCGAGGAAUACAAAUGUAUGAGUCUGAUGGCUCCGUCAUGGUCUACUGGCAUGCACUGGACGCUGGAGAUGCCUCUCUAGUGCAGGCCGUGUUUGCCCGAGGAAUUGCUGCCAGUGGCCACUACAUCUGUGUGGGAACAUGGUCAGGCCGGGUCCUGGUGUUUGACAUCCCCACCAAGGGUCCCAACAUUGUACUGAGUGAAGAGCUGGCAAGGCACCAGACACCAAUCACAGACAUUGCCACCGAGCCUGCCCAGGGACAGGACUGCGUGGCUGACACUGUGACAGCAGAUGACUCGGGGUUGCUGUGUGUCUGGAGAUCAGGGCCCAAAUUCAAAUUACUGACCCAGAUUCCAGGAUUCGGGGCCCCGUGUUCUUCUGUGCAGCUGUGGCAGGGGACCGUGGCAGCAGGCUAUGGGAACGGGCAGGUGCGUCUGUAUGAAGCCAGCACAGGAACUUUACACGUCCAGAUCAGCGCCCAUGCCCGGGCCGUCUGUGCCCUGGACCUGGCUCCUGAGGCGGGCAAGCUACUCUCUGCGGCUGAAGACACCUUCAUACACAUCUGGAAGCUGAGCAGAAACCCAGAGGAUGGCUACAUUGAGGUGGAACAUUGUCAUGGCGAGUGUGUGCCUGACACCCAGAUCUGUGGUGCCCGAUUUUGUGACCUCUCAGGCAGCUCCUUUGCUGUGACUGGCUAUGACCUUGCUGAGAUCCUGAGAUUCAGCAGCAUGUAAGAGAAGAGCAGCCCUCUGUUUCCCUGUGGUAUUUAUAAAGUACUCCCCUCCACCCA